AGUGAAAAUUUACUUGUGAUUUUUAUUUCGAGGGUAUACGAAGAAAGAUAUAAAAGUCAUUUGGAAUUCCAACUUUUGAUUUUACAUUCUUUGGAUUUCAUUAACUGUAUAUAUAUAUCUAUAUUUGGAUUCUUCCAUCUUAUUUUAUUGGUUACUUAUUUAUUAUAUUCCUUUGUUCAUAUCAUUUGCUUUCAUUAGCUUUAAAAAAAAAGUUUUGCAUAUCUUCAACUCUAUUUCAUCAACGUCAUUGAUUUUAAUCAGAUCAUAACCGUCCAGAUCAAGUCACACCCAAGAUUAUUCACACACACCAUAUCAUAAAUGCUGCCUCAUAACAUAAUAAUGAACGAUAAAUCAAUAGAAAGUAAUGGAAGUAGUAGUACUACCACUAGUACUGUUCCUGCUGCUAAUCAUAUCCAAAUUGGAGGUAGAAAAUCAAAAUUAGCUGUUAAACAAUCAGAAAUCGUUAAACAAGAAAUAGAAACAGCAUUUCCUGAGUUGAGUUGUUCCAUCCUUGCCUUAAGUACUUUAGGUGAUAAAGUUCAAUCUAAACCAUUAUAUUCAUUUGGAGGUAAAUCACUUUGGACUAAAGAAUUAGAAAUUUUAUUAUUGGAAGCGGUGGAACCAUUUCCAAAAUUGGAUUUGAUUGUUCAUAGUUUAAAGGAUAUGCCAACUAAUUUACCUGAAGAAUUCGAAUUAGGUUGUAUUAUUAAACGUGAAGAUCCUCGUGAUGCUGUUAUAAUGCCUCCAAAUUCUCCAUAUAAAACAUUAGCUGAUUUACCUCCAAAUGCUUUAGUUGGUACUUCAUCUAUAAGAAGAUCAGCUCAAUUACUUAAAAAUUAUCCUCAUUUAAAAUUCGAAUCAGUAAGAGGUAAUGUAUUUACUAGAUUAACCAAAUUAGAUACCCCAACUGAAACACAACCAAAAUUUGAAUGUAUUAUAUUAGCUGCUGCUGGAUUAAUUAGAGUUGGAUUAGGUGAUAGAAUCAAUCAAUAUUUAGAUGCACCAGAUAUGUAUUAUGCCGUGGGACAAGGUGCUUUAGGGGUUGAAAUUAGAAGUAAUGAUCCUAGAAUUAAAUCGAUUGUGAGUAAAAUUGAACAUUUACCUACUGCUUAUCGUUGUCUUGCUGAAAGAUCAUUAAUGAGAUAUUUAGAAGGUGGAUGUUCUGUACCAUUAGGAGUUGAAAGUUUUUAUGAUGAAUCAAGUCGAAAAUUAUUAUUAAAAGCUGUUAUUGUUAGUCCUGAUGGAUUAAAAUCAGUUGAAGAUCAAAUUGAAACCAUUAUAAAUGAUAGAAAUGAUUGUGAAAUUAUAGGUAAAGAAUUAGGUGAUAAAUUAAUUGCAAAGGGUGCAAAAGAAAUUUUAGAUUUAAUUGAUUAUGAAAGAAUUAAUCAACCUCCAAUCUCAACUCCUGUAUCGGAAGUUAAUAGUUUGUAAAUAAUAAUAUGUAUAUAAAAGACUUUUUUAAGUAUAAAUUAACUACUUACGUUGAUACAAAAAAAAAAAAAAAAAGA